AUUUCAGAGAUAGAGAGAGAAAUAUUCCAAAAAACCACUCCUCUCUGCAACAGCAUCAUCAUCAUCUUUGUGAAUAAUCUUCUUCGGCUUCUUGUUUAUCACCGUCUAAUUGUUAUCAUUAUUUCCGAUCUGAAUUAGCCGGUGGUGUGUGGUUUCUCCUCCGACUUGUUUUCCUUUUUUAUUGAUGAGAAGGAGAUCGAUUGGGCUUUGUAGUCAUCGUUAAUGGCGGCACCGGUUAAUAUUAUUGUGGGGUCACAUGUUUGGGUGGAAGAUCGUGUGUUAGCAUGGAUUGACGGGGAAGUGACCCGAAUUAAUGGGCAAGAGCUUCAUGUACAUACAACAAAGGGAAAAACGAUUGUUACAAAUGUCUCGAAAGUGUUCCCAAAAGAUACCGAAGCUCCUCCUGGAGGUGUAGAUGACAUGACACGUCUUUCAUAUCUACAUGAACCAGGUGUUUUACAAAAUUUGGCAACCAGAUAUGAGCUCAACGAGAUCUACACAUAUACCGGAAAUAUUCUAAUUGCUAUAAAUCCGUUUCAAAGAUUGCCUCACUUGUAUGAUACACACAUGAUGGAACAAUAUAAAGGAGCUGGAUUUGGUGAACUUAGUCCCCAUGUUUUUGCCGUAGCAGAUGUUGCAUAUAGGGCGAUGAUAAAUGAAGGGAAAAGUAAUUCAAUCUUGGUCAGUGGAGAAAGUGGUGCUGGUAAGACUGAAACAACAAAGAUGCUCAUGAGAUAUCUUGCACAUUUAGGUGGUCGAUCUGGUGUUGAAGGACGCACAGUUGAACAACAAGUUCUCGAAUCAAAUCCGGUACUUGAAGCAUUUGGCAAUGCAAAGACUGUCAGGAACAACAAUUCGAGUCGUUUUGGUAAAUUUGUUGAGAUACAGUUUGAUAAAAGUGGGAGGAUAUCAGGCGCGGCUAUUAGAACUUACCUGCUUGAGAGAUCUCGUGUUUGCCAGAUAUCAGAUCCUGAAAGAAACUACCAUUGUUUUUAUCUUCUUUGUGCCGCACCACCUGAGGAUAGAGAGAAGUUUAAAUUAGAAAGCCCACAGUCAUAUCAUUACUUAAACCAGUCAAAAUCAUUUGCGCUUGAAGGUGUAAACGAUGCUCAUGAGUAUCUUGCUACCAGAAGGGCAAUGGACAUUGUUGGAAUCGGUGAAGAAGAACAAGAAGCAAUUUUCAGAGUUGUGGCUGCAAUUCUUCAUCUUGGUAAUGUCGAGUUUGCAAAAGGAAAGGAAAUUGACUCUUCGGUGCUUAAAGAUGAGAAAUCCAGGUUUCAUCUGAAUGUGACAGCUGAAUUGCUUAUGUGUGACGCUAAAAGUUUAGAGGAUGCGUUGAUUAAACGUGUAAUGGUGACACCAGAAGAAGUAAUUACAAGAACUCUUGAUCCUGAAGCUGCACUCGGAAGUAGGGAUGCUUUAGCUAAAACAAUCUACUCUCGUUUGUUUGACUGGAUUGUGGAGAAAAUCAACAGUUCAAUCGGUCAGGAUCCGAACUCAAAAUCACUGAUUGGUGUUCUUGAUAUAUACGGGUUUGAGAGUUUUAAGCAUAACAGUUUUGAGCAGUUUUGCAUCAACUUCACAAAUGAAAAACUGCAACAACAUUUCAACCAGCAUGUGUUCAAAAUGGAACAAGAAGAGUACACAAAGGAAGCGAUAAAUUGGAGCUAUAUAGAGUUUGUUGACAACCAAGAUGUUUUGGAUCUUAUUGAGAAGAAACCUGGAGGAAUUAUCUCACUUCUUGAUGAAGCCUGCAUGUUCCCUAAGUCUACUCAUGAAACCUUUGCUCAGAAGCUGUAUCAGACAUUUCCAAAAAACAAGCGCUUCAUCAAACCCAAGCUUUCACGCACUAGUUUUACAAUAUCUCAUUACGCAGGGGAGGUGACUUAUUUAGCUGAUCAAUUUCUCGACAAAAACAAAGAUUAUGUGGUGGCAGAACAUCAAGAUUUACUAACUGCCUCAAAAUGUCCCUUUGUCGUUGGUUUAUUUCCUCCACUUCCUGUAGAGUCUUCCAAAUCUUCAAAAUUUUCCUCCAUUGGUUCUCGAUUUAAGCUGCAACUUCAGUCUUUAAUGGAAACCUUGAGUACAACAGAACCUCACUACAUUAGAUGCGUGAAGCCGAACAAUGUUCUUAAGCCUGCUAUUUUUGAAAACUUAAACAUUAUCCAACAAUUACGAUGUGGUGGUGUACUUGAGGCGAUCAGGAUCAGUUGUGCUGGUUAUCCCACCAGGCGAACGUUCGAUGAGUUUCUUCUUCGUUUUGGUGUUCUUUAUCCGGAUGUCCUGGAUGGAAACUACGAUGAGAAGGUUGCGUGCCAGAUGUUAUUGGAUAAAAUGGGACUAAAAGGAUAUCAGAUUGGCAAAACAAAGGUGUUUUUACGUGCGGGACAAAUGGCUGAGCUGGAUGCCAGGAGGGCUGAGGUUCUUGGAAAUGCAGCUAGAGUCAUUCAAAGGCAGAUGCGUACUUAUAUUGCACAAAAGGAAUAUAUAUCAAUACGCAGAGCUGCUAUUCAGUUGCAGGCUUGCUGGCGAGCUUUAUCUGCUUGUAAACAAUUCGAACAAUUAAGAAGAGAAGCAGCAGCAGUCAAGAUUGAAAAGGAUUUCAGGUGUUUUGUUGCUAGAAAAUCAUAUCAAACACUUAGGGCAUCUACAAUUAAACUACAAACAGGAUUAAGAGCAAUGGCUGCUAGAGAUGAAUUUAGAUACCGCAAGCAAACCAAGGCUGCAAUCUUUAUACAGGCUCACUACCGUUGCUACAAGGCAUAUUCUUACUACAGGAGUCUUAAAAAGGCUGUAUUAUAUACUCAGUGUGGUUGGAGGCGAAGAGUUGCUCGGAAAGAGCUUCGGGAGCUCAAAAUGGCUGCAAGGGAGACAGGCGCUCUUAAAGAGGCGAAAGACAAACUUGAAAAGCGCGUGGAAGAACUUACAUGGCGUUUGCAGUUGGAGAAACGACUGAGGACUGAAUUAGAAGAGACAAAAGCUCAAGAAACCGCGAAGUUGCAGGAGGCUUUACGUUUGAUGCAAAUCCAAAUAGAUGAAGCAAAUGCUAAAGUAAUUAAAGAGUGUGAGGCAGCACGGAAAGCUAUUGAGGAAGCUCCUCCAGUUGUUAAGGAAACGCCUAUCAUAGUUCAGGACACCAAAAAGAUUGACACCUUGACUGCUGAGGUUGGAAGUUUGAAGGCUUUGAUGCAAUAUCAAAAACAGGAGAUUGAAGAGGCUAGAAAGUCUUUGAUAGAAGCUAAUCUGAAGAACGAUGAUUUAAUUAAAAAAUUUGAAGAUGCGGAGAAACGAGCAUAUCAGCUUCAAGAAUCCAAUCAAAGGCUUGAAGAAAAGCUUUUGAACAUGGAGUCUGAAAAUCAAGUACUUCGCCAGCAGGCGCUGACCAUGUCACCUACGGGAAAAUCCAUAUCUGCAAGGCCGAGAACAAUGAUUAUUCAGAGAACUCCAGAGAAUGGAAACGUUCAAAAUGGAGAAACCAGGGUGGCUACACCUGAGACAACACAUGCUAUAUCCAAUUUAAGAGAGCCCGAGUCUGAGGAGAAACCACAAAAGUCCCUUAACGAAAAGCAACAAGAGAACCAAGAUUUACUUAUCAAGUGCAUCACUCAAGAUCUAGGGUUUUCAAGUGGCAAACCAGUUGCUGCUGUUUUGAUAUACAAAAGUCUUCUUCAUUGGAGGUCAUUUGAAGUUGAAAGAACUACGGUUUUCGAUCGUAUAAUCCAAACCAUUGCUUCAGCUAUUGAGGUCCAAGAUAGUAACGAUGUGUUAGGCUACUGGUUAUGUAACACUUCUACAUUACUGACAUUACUUCAACACACACUUAAAGCAAGUGGGGCGGCUCAUAUGACACCACAAAGACGGCGGUCAUCAUCAGCUUCUCUAUUUGGAAGGAUGUCACAAGGAUUACGUGCAUCUCCUCAGAGUGCGGGACUUCCGUUUCUGAAUGGUCGAGUUCUUGGUAAACUUGACGAUUUACGCCAGGUGGAGGCUAAAUAUCCAGCCUUGUUGUUUAAACAACAACUUACUGCAUUCCUUGAGAAGAUAUAUGGAAUGUUACGUGACAAUUUGAAGAAAGAAAUAUCACCAUUGCUUGGAUUAUGUAUCCAGGCUCCGAGGACAUCUCGCUCAAGUUUAGUUAAAGGGCGUUCGCAAGCUAAUGCUGUUGCUCAACAAGCAUUAAUUGCUCAUUGGCAGAGUAUUGUUAAAAGCCUUGAUAAUUACUUGAAGACAAUGAAAGCAAACUUUGUGCCUCCAUUUUUGGUGCGCAAAGUAUUUACACAGAUAUUCUCGUUUAUUAAUGUUCAACUAUUUAACAGUCUACUAUUGCGACGUGAGUGCUGCUCAUUCAGUAAUGGCGAAUAUGUAAAGUCAGGGUUGGCUGAACUUGAACAAUGGUGUUGUUAUGCAACUGAGGAAUAUGCUGGAACUGCUUGGGACGAAUUGAAGCAUAUUAGACAGGCUGUUGGAUUUUUAGUUAUUCAUCAAAAGCCCAAGAAGACUCUGAAUGAAAUAACAAAUGAACUUUGUCCCGUGCUUAGCAUACAACAAUUAUACAGAAUUAGCACGAUGUAUUGGGAUGAUAAAUACGGUACACACAGUGUUUCUUCAGAAGUCAUUUCAAGUAUGAGAGUUAUGAUGACAGAGGACUCGAAUAAUGCUGUUAGCAGCUCGUUUUUGUUGGACGAUGACUCCAGCAUACCGUUCUCUGUGGACGAUAUCUCCAAAUCUAUGCCACAAGUGGAAAUAGGGGAUAUUGAACCUCCACCGCUGAUCCGUGAAAACUCAAGUUUCGUGUUUUUACAUCAACGGGCAGAAUGAUAGAUGGAAAGAAGCCCCUUUUGAUGUCAUUAUGGGAGCAUGCAUGCAUACCUGUGAAUACUGCAUUUUUUUGUUUAUUUUGGUGUGCAAUUAAUACCUUUUAUCUUUUGUUUUUCUUUUCCAGGCAGUUUGGGUUUUUAGUAGUGUCUGGGGUUCAAAUUAUUUUGUGUCCCUUCUUGAGCCUUUGGGUUGGUUUAAAAAGGGAUGAUUAGAUGUGAUUUGGCAAUUGAUAAUAUUGCCAAAAGUGUGAUGUUAUUUAAAGGAUUACGCGACGGGAGGGUGUAUUUAGGGUUUAUGUUUUUAGUUGCAAAUUGUUAGGUUACAAUUUGUAGUAGUGUCAACAAAACUGUAUAGCUGCAUUUUGUAUACUGUAUAUGACACCUUCCCCUAAAUACCUACUUUUGUGUUGAAUCUACAUUAUCAUACCUCUUUUU